AUGGCUAUUCGUUUACAUAUGAAACAGAACUUAUCUAAAGAAAAAGAAAGUGUGUUACAUUUAAUGCCAUGUAAAAUUUGCGGUGAUGAAUCUGCAAAAGUUUCCUCUUAUUUUACACCAUACAUUCGUAAAGUAGAUGAUGAACAUUUUAAAUCAUCUUUUCGUGGAUAUCCGCUUGAUGGAAAAAGAGUGACAAUACCUUCUAAAUACAAGGGAAUUACGUUUCUUGAACGCAAAAAGGCAGAUGUAGAAAACGUAGAACGCAACUUAUAUUCUACAGGAACUUUUUCAUAUUUUACCUAUUGGAAUUAUGAUAAAUUACCGUCUAAAAAUGAUGUUGUGGCAGCUACAAUAGAUUGGAUUGAUAUUGCAGAAGCAGUAAGUUAUUAA